AUGAAGGGAAUCUACUGUAGAAGUAUCAGCGAAUCUCUAGUUCAGAUGCAGUAUUUGUCCCAUCUAGAUGUGAAUGCAAGUGACGAGGACGAGGUUCUCUUGUUGAAUGUCUGUAUGCCAAGCCUGCAAAGGCUAGUUUUGAGAGGAAGGCUAGCGGAAGGGGCAUUGGAUGAGUCUCCUCUCCUCCAAGCUGUUGGGGGGCAGAACUUGUAUGCAUUGUCUCUAUACUGGUCACAGCUGAGAGAAGACCCCCUGUCUUCCCUUUCUCGGCUGUCAAACUUGACGCGUCUACAGUUCACCAGAGCAUACAACGGAGAGAAGCUGUCAUUUCUCACGGGGUGGUUUCCCAAACUAAAGGUUCUCGCUCUAAGAGACCUGCCUAAUCUGAAUCGGCUGGUGAUACAGGAAGGCGCCAUGGCGAGCCUGGAGGAAGUAUUCUUAACCAACCUCAGCAGCAUGACGGAGGUCCCACGUGGCAUUGAGUUCCUCCUGCCCCUCCAAUAUCUAAGCUUCCUGGAAAUCACCAAUGACUUCUUGACGGCGCUGUACCAAUGUUCUGUACUUGAAGCGCAGAUGUGGCACUAUUCUCUCCGAGACUGA